CUGAAUUGUGAGCAAUGGACACAGGGAACUGGAGCCAGGUGACAGAAUUCAUCAUCUUGGGCUUCCCUCAUCUCCAGAGUGUCCAGACUUACCUCUUUCUCUUGCUACUUCUCAUUUACCUCACUACUAUAUGGGGAAACCUGCUGAUAUUCCUGGUGGUCCGCCUGGACUCACGGCUCCACACACCCAUGUACCACUUUGUCAGUGUUCUGUCCUUCUUGGAGCUUGGCUACACUGCUGCCACCAUCCCCAAGAUGCUGGCAAACUUGCUGAGUGAGAAGAAGACCAUUUCAUUCUCUGGCUGUCUCCUGCAGAUCUACUUCUUUCACUCUCUUGGAGCAACUGAGUGCUACCUCCUGACAGCUAUGGCUUAUGAUAGGUACUUAGCCAUCUGCCGGCCCCUCCACUACCCCACCCUCAUGACCCCAGCACUGUGUGCCAGGAUUGCUGUUGGCUGUUGGUUGGGAGGCUUGGCUGGGCCAGUGGCUGAAAUUUCCUUGGUUUCGCGCCUCCCGUUCUGUGGCCCCAAUCGCGUUCAGCACAUCUUUUGUGAUUUCCCUCCUGUGCUGAGCUUGGCUUGCACUGAUACAUCUAUCAAUGUCCUAGUGGAUUUUGUUGUAAAUUCCUGCAAGAUCCUGGCCACAUUCCUGCUGAUCCUCAGCUCCUAUGUGCACAUCCUCCGCACAGUGCUCAGGAUCCCCUCAGCUAUGGGCAAGAGGAAGGCCUUCUCCACGUGCGCCUCCCACCUCACCGUGGUUCUCAUUUUCUAUGGGAGCAUCCUCUUCAUGUAUGUGCGGCUGAAGAAGAGCUACUCGUUGGACUAUGACCGGGCCCUGGCAGUGGUCUACUCGGUGCUCACACCCUUCCUCAACCCCUUCAUCUACAGCUUGCGCAACAAGGAUAUCAAAGAGGCCAUGAGGAGGCAGCUAAAGAGAACAGGGGUGCUAGGGUGAGCCAGGGCAGCUACUAGGGGCAGGCUGAGGCUGGGGCUAAGGACACUGGGGCCCUAUGGAUCAACAGU